AUGUUCGAUUAUCUAAUGCGAUUGCUUGAUUCGCGAGCUUGUCGUAUGGGUCCAGCAAAGGCGCUUCGAACCAUCCACGCUGAUUACAUUGGUGGAAUCAAUGCUAAUUUCAAAAAGUGGUAUUUUGCUGCUAGUUUGGAUAUUGAUGAUACCUUUGGCUUGGCCAAUGUAAAUUCCAAUGGAAAGAUAAAAAAGUCUAAGAAUGAGUAUGUGUCAUCAUUGGAGCAGUCUGAAUCACAAUGGUGUUUGAACAUGAAGUCACUAUCACCUACAAAUUGUGUGAUUCAAGUUGCAUUGUAUAUCUUGUGUUGGGGUGAAGCCAACAACAUACGGUUCAUGCCAGAAUGUUUGUGCUUUAUAUUCAAGUGUUGCAAUGAUUACUACUACUCACUUGAUCCGGCGGAACCAAUUCGGAAUGCAACUCCAAGUUUCUUGGACCAUGCUAUUACGCCAUUGUACAACUUCUAUCGAGAUCAAGCUUAUGUGAAAGUGGAAGGAAGGUAUUAUCACAAAGACAAGGACCACAAUUCUAUUAUAGGAUAUGAUGACAUGAACCAACUUUUUUGGUAUUGUAAUGGUCUUCAACGAAUUUUCUUGAAGGAUGGCAAAACCAAACUAAUGUCUCUACCAGCUUACGAAAGGUAUGAACAUUUGAAUGAGGUUGCAUGGGAGAAGGCAUUUUUCAAGACCUUCAUUGAAAGGAGAAGUUGGUUUCAUGUGUUCUCAAAUUUCAACAGAAUUUGGAUAAUUCAUGUCUCAGUUUUUUGGUAUUAUACUCUGUUCAACUCACCAACAUUGUAUACAAAGGACUACCUGCAGCAACAUGAUAACCAACCUACAAAGAUGGCCACUUUAUCCGUGAUGUCUCUAGCUGGGGUUAUUGCGUGUGCCAUUGAUUUAAUCAGUACUGUGUUGGAGUUCUCAUACGUUCCAAGAAAAUGGGCAGGAGCCCAACCAUUAUCAAAGAGAUUAUUCAUAUUACUUUUCAUGCUAAUUGCCAAUCUUGCUCCGUCGGUAUAUUUGUAUUUAACUUAUCCUCUAAAUCGUCAAACAAAUGUCGGGCUUGGGAUUGCAACAGCCCAGUUUUUGUUUUCCCUUUUCGUUGUGAUAUACUUGUCAGUUGCUCCGUUAGCACAUAUCGGUGAUUCCUAUCCCAAAUCUCGAGGCAGACGAUAUUUACCAACUCAAUAUUUUGCAGCCAGCUUCUACUCGUUGAAAGGUACUGACAAGGUUGCAUCUUAUGGCUUGUGGUUCGCUAUUUUUGUUUCAAAGUUUAUCGAAUCAUAUUUCUUUUUAACUUUGUCAUUAAGAGAUCCGAUCAGGGAAUUAAGUAUUAUGAAGAUGACUAGAUGUUCCGGAGAAGUAUUGAUUGGAAACUGGUUAUGUAUGCGUCAUACAAUUGUUGUCUUGCUGUUGACAUACUUGACAGAUUUGGUUUUAUUUUUCCUUGAUACCUAUCUAUGGUAUAUUGUCUGGAAUACAAUCUAUUCUGUAUGUCGUUCAUUCUAUAUUGGUGCUUCCAUAUGGACACCAUGGCGGAAUAUCUUUUCGAGAUUACCAAAAAGAAUUUUCUCGAAAAUAAUUGCUUCUCCAGCUGAUAGGACUAUAAAGGCAAAAUUUCUAGUCUCACAAGUAUGGAAUUCCAUAAUAAUCUCGAUGUACCGUGAGCAUCUUUUGUCGUUAGAGCAUGUUCAAAAGUUGUUAUACAAACAGGUUUCUGUAUCUGGAAUCGAAGGAGAUACUGUUCUAAAAGAGCCAACCUUUUUUGUUUCUCAAGAGGAUCAAUCAUUAAAAUCAGCCUUGUUUUACGAGCAGUCUGAAGCCCAAAGGAGAAUCACAUUCUUUGCCCAGUCAUUAUCAACUCCGAUGCCUGAAGUAAAUCCUAUUAACUCCAUGCCAACUUUCAGUGUACUUAUUCCUCAUUAUAGUGAGAAGAUAACGCUAUCUCUUAGAGAAAUAAUAAGGGAGGAGGAGCAGUACUCUCACGUCACAAUGUUAGAGUACUUGAAACUGUUACAUCCGUUGGAAUGGUCUUGUUUUGUGCGCGAUACCAAAUUGCUAGCAGAAGAAUUUGACACUGAGACAUCAUCGCCUACUUUCGAUAAUGAGACGAAAGAUGAUUUACCUUAUUACUCGGUUGGAUUCAAAGUAGCAACACCUGAAUAUAUCCUUAGGACAAGAAUAUGGGCAUCCUUGAGGUCGCAAACAUUGUAUCGUACAAUUUCAGGCUUUAUGAAUUAUUCCAGGGCAAUCAAACUAUCAUUUGAUGUUGAAAACCUUAGUGACAAAGAAUACAAAGAUGAGAACGGGAAAUUAGAAGAAGCAUCUGUCAUGGCUCUUCGAAAGUUCAGAAUUGUUGCUUCAAUGCAGCGCUUGAAGAAUUUUUCUCCUGAAGAAAGAGAAAAUAAGGAAUUCCUUCUUCGAACUUAUCCUGAACUUCAGAUAUCUUAUUUGGAUGAGGAAAUUGACAUUGAUACUGGCGAAUCUACUUUCUAUUCGAGUUUGAUUGAUGGGAGUUGCGCUUUGUUGGAAAAUGGGGAAAGAGUUCCGAAGUAUAGAAUAAAGCUAUCAGGAAAUCCUAUCUUAGGAGAUGGAAAAUCUGACAAUCAAAACAACUCAUUGAUCUUCUGCAGAGGAGAGUAUAUUCAACUUAUUGAUGCCAACCAAGAUAAUUAUCUUGAGGAGUGUCUCAAAAUCAGAAGUGUGUUAGCUGAAUUCGAAGAAAAUUCUGCCCCAAUUGACCCUUAUUCAAAUGAAUUAAAGGAUAGUGAUCAUUCACAUCCAGUUGCUAUAAUAGGAACAAGAGAAUACAUAUUCUCAGAAAAUAUCGGAAUACUAGGUGACGUAGCUGCUGGAAAGGAGCAAACAUUUGGAACCUUGUUUGCUCGAACUUUGCAAUACCUAGGAGGAAAACUACAUUAUGGCCAUCCGGACUUUUUGAAUGGUAUUUUCAUGACAACAAGGGGAGGGGUCUCUAAAGCACAAAAGGGUCUUCAUUUGAAUGAGGAUAUUUAUGCUGGAAUGAAUGCAAUGGUGAGAGGUGGUAGAAUAAAGCACUGUGAAUACAUGCAGUGUGGAAAGGGAAGAGACCUUGGCUUUGGAUCUAUUCUUAACUUCACGACCAAAAUCGGUGCCGGCAUGGGUGAGCAGAUGCUCUCUCGAGAAUAUUUCUAUCUAAGUACUCAGCUUCCGUUAGAUCGAUUUUUGUCCUUCUAUUACGCUCAUCCUGGAUUCCACCUCAAUAAUGUGUUUAUUAUUUUAUCGAUCAAGUUGUUCUUAUUGGUAGGAGUAAACUUAGCUGCAUUGACAAAUGAGACAACAAUUUGUGAGUAUGAUAGGUUUCGCCCUAUCACUGACCCACGGAGACCGAUUGGUUGUUAUAAUCUAAUUCCUGUUGUUCAAUGGCUUGAGCGCUGUAUUUUUUCCAUUUUCAUUGUUUUCUUGAUUUCUUUCUUGCCUUUGGCUGUUCAGGAGUUGACUGAGAGAGGCUUUUAUUGUGCUCUAACACGUCUCAGUAAACAUUUUGCGUCUUUCUCUCCACUUUUCGAAGUUUUCGUUUGUCGUAUCUACGCGCAAUCCUUGUGCAGCGAUAUCUCCAUCGGCGGAGCUCGAUAUAUCGCUACUGGACGGGGGUUUGCAACAAUUCGAGUGCCAUUUUCUGCAUUGUACUCUCGAUUUGCUUCUCAAAGCUUGUAUUUUGGAGCAAUUUCAGGCUUGUUAAUCUUGUAUACCUCUAUUACAAUGUGGAAACUUCCAUUGCUUUAUUUUUGGGUUACCGUGAUAGGAUUAUUGAUUUGUCCCUGUUUGUACAAUCCCAACCAAUUUUCAUUGACAGAUUUCUUUUUGGAUUACGGCGAAUUCUUAAGGUGGUUGAGUAGAGGAAAUAGCAGAUCGAGCAUGUCAUCAUGGAUAAAUUACACUAGGCUAGGAAGGAGUAGAAUUGUUGGUAUUAAAAACCGAAAUUUUAACACUCGAGAAGAUAUCAAAGAAAUCAACUCAAUAAGACCUUCCAGGGUGAGGUUAAUAUUGACUGACUCCAUUUUUGAAUUGGCCGUUAUCUUGGUUGUUGGAUGCGCCUAUCUAUUCUCAAAUUCACAGAAUGAUACCAAAGGAACGAAUCCUGUUAACAGCAUAUUUAGAAUCUUGCUAAUCACCCUUGCACCAAUCAUGGUCAAUAUGGCAAUCCUAUUAAUUUUUUUUGUGGUUUCUAUUCUUACUGGGCCAGUUUUGACAUUGGUAUUUAGGUGGUAUCCCACUCUUAUCGCCACAGUUGUUCAUUCCCUUUCCGUGUUAAAUUAUGUUUUCUUCUUCGAAUUGCUUUGGUUAUUCCAGAAUUGGAACUUUUCUAGAACUAUACUUGGCUUGACCUUGUCAGUUCUUAUCCAGACUUGGUUUUUACAAUUAAUAAGUGCGACCUUAAUUUCUAGAGAAUUCCGUCAUGAUCAUUCCAACAAAUCAUGGUGGUCUGGAAGUUGGUUUACUUCUGGAUUAGGAUGGAAUAUUCUAUCACAACCUUUCAGAGAAUUUGUUUGUAAGACUACUGAGCUAUCUUAUUUUGUGGGGGACUUGGUUAUAGGGCACAUUAUCCUAUUUGCGCAAAUACCUGUGCUUCUUAUUCCUUAUGCCGAUAAAUGGCAUUCGCUCAUGUUGUUCUGGUUAAAACCUGGACGCCAGGUUCGUCCAGGAGUAUUCACAAAGAAACAAAGAAGACGCAGAAGAAACCGGGCAUUAUUGAAUGGGUUCUUAUUCAUUGCUUCUGUGACCUUAUUUCUCUCGCUUUUUAUACUACCAUUGAUUGCUACGAGAUGGUUUGAUUUUGAUUUUGAAAGGUAUCUUCCAGAACUUUUGCGUCCAUUAGUUCAACCAUUCGCUAUCGUUAAUAGCAGGAAAGGAUUACACAAGGGGUUAAUAAAGCAGUAUUGA